CUCUGAGGAGGAGAUUUCUCAUCAGGCUGUCACUUUCUUUACUAAAUUGUACAAGUCUAAAAACCAUACCCUUGAUGAAGAGUUAUUUGGGGUCAUUCCUGAGCUUGUUGGACCAACUGACAACGAGAAUUUGACUAUGGCUGCCACCUUAAUUGAAGUUAAAUAG